UCUAAACUUCAGUUUGACUUUUUGUAAUAAAUUUUAUAAGCCAAAUGCUUAAUAUUUUGUUUUGGUUAAUUAAAUAGUUUGCAUUUAUAUAGUUGUAUUGGUUAAUCAAAAGUUAUAGACAGUAAUAUUAAAAUUAGUAAAAAUAAGGAAAAAACAAAAUGACUAAUUUAAUGAGAUGGUUACUGUACAUGAGUUUCUGUUUAAUUCCGUAUUUUGGAAUAGUUUUUGAAGUGAUAAGAUCACCUAUAUUGAGUGAUUGGAUGUUUGAAAUUAAAAUAUUACCAUUUGUAUUCGUUAUAUUAUUUGGAUUAUACGCUAUUAUCACUGUACUUUAUCGCACCUUUACAUUCAAUGACUGUCCAGAAGCGGAAAAAGAAAUACAAGAGCAAAUUAUAGAAGCCAGAAUAGAUUUGAUUUCAAAAGGAUUUAAAUUCAGGGAUUGAAUUAUUUCUGUGUUGUAAAAGUAAAAUGACCUUUAAAUAAAAGUAAUAAAUGCUUUAUAAUUUUUAUAAUAAAAUGUAGUGAUAUUGAAGACUUGUAAAAUUCCAAUAAAUUUGGAAAACCUUAAAAUUUUAUUAAAAAAUUUAGGUUUUCGAAGCAAUGCCGAUUGAAA